AUGAAAGAUUACCUUAUACAUCUUGCUCUGACAUUUCCCAAGUUCAGGAUAGCGGAGUUGGAAGCAUUAGCAGAUUUAUACAAUAUAGAUGUGGAUUUGUCUAAUCAUAAUGAAGAUUCUACAUUUUUAGUGGUUUCAUUGGAAAACGAUGAACAAGCUCGUCAAUUGAUUUCAAGAUCUAUCAUGUCGUUUGGAAUCUAUGAGUUGUGGGGUUACGGAGAAACUUACGAUAAACUUCAUGAAGAUGUCCGAGCAAAGUCAGCUGACAAAUUUGAAAAUUACAAGGAUGUUUCGUUCAAAUUUGAUUUCAAAAACUUUCGAGGAAGACCCAGCAACAAGGCAAAAGUCAAGAUUAUUGAGUCCUUUUCAUAUUUGCCAUUUGAAGGAAAAAUAGAUUUGAAAAAUCCAGACGAGAUAUUUACCGUAGUGGAAGAAUAUAAAUAUAAUGAUAGGGCUAAAAGUGAAACUCCAAUUCACAUUUGGUUUACAAGACAACUUCAAUUGAGUGAAAGAUCAAACGGGUUAGUAGAAAAGUAUGACUUGAAAAAACGAAAUUACAUAGGAACAACGUCUUUUGAAGCCGAAUUAUCAUUGGUUACUUGCAAUCUAGCACAAAUAGCACCAGGCAAAAUCACAUAUGACCCAUUUACAGGAACCGGUUCAUUUCUAGUGGCAGCAGCACAUUUUGGUGGAUAUCCUAUUGGAUCUGAUAUUGAUGUUAGAAUGCUCAAUGGUAAAGGUAAAGAUAAAAAUGUGAAAUCAAAUUUCAAACAAUAUGGUACUUCUGGCAAUUUCAUCGAUGUAUUGACAAUGGAUUUUACUCAUAAUGCCCUUCGUAAAGAUUUCCAAAUAGAUUCAAUUGUUUGUGAUCCACCAUAUGGUGUAAGAGAGGGACUUCGUGUGUUGGGUGCUAAGAACGAAGAAAAAGCAGCUGGGCGUGAACAUGACAUCUUUGAUGGAGAAAUUGCAUAUCUUAGACGUGAGUUUAUUCCACCUAAGAAACCGUACCUGUUGGCCAAUUUAUUGGAAGAUUUGUUGCAAUUUGCCAGCGAGAGAUUACCAGUCGGUGGUAGAUUGGCAUUUUGGAUGCCUACAGCAAAUGACAACUUUGAAGAAACACAAAUACCUCAACACGAGCGAUUAGAGUUGUUACAUUGUUUAGAACAACUGUUUAAUCAGUGGUCGAGAAGGUUAUUAGUGUACGUUAAAAGAGACGAAUCUUAUAAAGGCAUAACCAGCAAUGGGUUGAAAGAGAAAAACAUCCGCGAUUUUAGAGUAAGAUACUUUAAGAGGUUUAUUGAUAAAAAUGAAUAA